AUUUAGGGGAAGCGCACGAAAAAUGGCUCUCUGGACACCUUACGCUGACGAGGCCUUAGACUUAACAAAACACAAUAAACCUGAAAAGCCGCCAGAUGUUUACCGAUCCAUUUCACCAUUAUCUCAUAACACAUACUACGAAGGCAGUUAUGAACCGUAUCGCGUUCCUACAUCUCAAAUAUCUCCAGAUUCUAUUAAAAGCUGGAAUCAUACACAAGACUUCUACGACGCAGAAUCUCUGUCAGAUGAUACAGAAUACCAGGCGUUUGAGCGAGACGCGUUCCAGACUAUGGCGGAGAAAAACGGCGGCAGUUUACUCGGCAAUAAUCCAAGGAUGAAGCGAGCAGUCCAAAGUACUCAGGCGAUGGAUAACAUGUACAGGAAGCAGAGGGAGAGGAAUAAUUUUGCAGCGAAACAGAGUAGAGACAGGCGGAAGCUGCGGGAGGUGCGUUUGGCGUUCCAAGUGACAUUUCUGAAGAAGAAAUUGGCGGAAUUGAGAGCCAGGCUGGAUGGGAGCGUGUGUGGACACUGCGACAGACAGUGUAUGUGUUGA